UGAUACCUUCCUUCACCACAAAAACGAGAACACAAACAAAAAUCAUGGAUUCACCAAUCUUACCCUUGCCAAUUUUAGUCCUUCUAUUAUCAUCACUUUCAUUAAAAGUUUCCUCUUUAUUACUUCAAGACAGUUUUGUCCAAUGUCUCAACAUGAAUUCAGACAGAACAUAUCCAUUUCAUACAACAAUUUACACUCCAAAUGAACCUUCAUUCGCAACCAUCCUUGAUUCCUUAGCAAUGAACCUAAGGUGUUUGGCACCAUCUACACCGAAACCCGAAUUCAUAUUCACACCCUCCCAAGAUUCCCAUGUCCAAGCAGCCGUAAUUUGCUCCAAGAAACUUGGAAUCCAUCUAAGAGUAAGAAGUGGUGGCCAUGACUAUGAAGGACUUUCAUAUGUUUCCAAAAUCGAAACACCUUUCAUAGUUGUCGAUUUAAUCAAACUUCGCGGCAUAAGCAUCGACACUAAAACCAACACUGCUUGGGUUCAAUCCGGUGCCACUAUCGGUGAAGUCUAUUACAGAAUAUACGAGAAAAGUUCUGUUCUUGGUUACCCUGCAGGCCUGUGCACAAGCUUAGGUGUUGGUGGACACAUAACAGGAGGUGCAUAUGGAACAUUGAUGAGAAAAUAUGGUCUUGGUGUUGAUAAUGUCUUAGAUGCUCGAAUCGUUGAUGCGAAGGGUAACAUUCUUGACAGAAAAGCCAUGGGAGAGGAUCUAUUUUGGGCUAUAAGAGGUGGUGGAGGUGGAAGCUUUGGUAUACUUCUUUGGUGGAAGAUAAAGCUUGUUCCUGUUCCACCAACAGUGACAGUUUUUACUGUCACUAAAACUCUAGAACAAGGUGCUACAAAAAUUCUUCAUAGAUGGCAAGAAGUAGCACCUUUUAUUGAUGAAAAUCUCUUCAUUAGAGUCAUCAUCCAACCAGCUGCUAGUGUUGGAAACAAAACUCAAAGAACUAUUACAAAUUCUUAUAAUGCUGUUUUUCUUGGUGAAGCAAGAACACUACUUCAAGUCAUGAAAACAAGUUUUCCUGAAUUGGGUUUGACAAGGAAAGAUUGUCAAGAAACUAGUUGGAUCAAAUCAGUGCUUUACAUUGCAGGAUUUCCAAGUGAUACACCACCUGAAGUUCUUCUUAAAGGAAAACCAACAUUCAAGAAUUCUUUCAAAGCAAAAUCAGAUUUUGUGAGGGAACCAAUACCAGAAACUGGUAUUGAAGGAUUGUGGCAGAGGCUGUUGAGUGAAGAUAGUCCUUUGAUGAUUUGGAAUCCAUAUGGUGGAAAAAUGAGUGAAUUUUCAGAAUCUGAUAGCCCUUUUCCACAUAGAAAUGGAACAUUGUAUAAAAUUCAGUACUUGUCUAUAUGGCAAGAGGGUGACAAGAAUGUUGCAAAGCAUGUAGACUGGAUUAGGAAGCUUUAUAACUAUAUGACUCCUUAUGUGUCUAAAUUUCCAAGGGAAGCUUAUGUGAAUUAUAGGGAUCUUGAUUUGGGAAUUAACUCUAAGAAUAGUACAAGCUAUAUAGAAGCAACUGGUUGGGGUUAUAGGUAUUUUAAGGGUAAUUUUAACAAGUUGGUUCAGAUAAAGACUAGAGUGGAUCCUGAAAAUGUGUUUAGGCAUGAACAAAGUAUUCCACCACUUCCAAUAUAAAAAUAAAAUGUCAAAACACAAGAAAAGGAAAAUAAGACACUUUGCUGCUAGUAUCAGAAGAAUGGUAUUUAUGAAUUUGUUAUGGAAGGGGUCAUUAUCUAGUUUAGAAAAAUAAAGAUACAUCUAGGUUUGUUACUUUUAUUGUAUUAUUAAUGUUGUAAGAUAGUACUGAUUAAGUGCCUAAUUGUAAUGUGGGAUGUCUUUGUGUGUGUGUGUGUGAUUUAGGUGUCUAAUUGCUUGUAAGUGUUUGAUGGUCAAGCAAAAAGUGUAGUGCAACUAGUGGUAUUUUUUUUUAAGGAUGUGGGUUUUCUAAAUAUGAUUCUGAUGUAAAAGAAUUGUAACUAUACUAUUAUGAAUUUGAUAUUUAAUGAAAGUUGGAGGAAUCUUGAUUUGGUGAA